AUGGGAAGCUCAUCAGACAAGAAGCGCAAGAGCGCUGAGGAUACAACACCCCAAAUCAAGAAGAAGAAGAUCGACUCCGAGAAAUCGUCCAAGUCGCCCAAGUUCAUCAAUGUCGGAGCCGUGAAGAGGCCGCAGUAUGCGCCUCCGGUCGUGGCCGCGACCUCGGGACUUGCUCUCUCUUCGUCCAUACAAUUUCAAGCCUACGCCACACCAGCCGACAAGACCUCGAAGCGCAAGAAGAAUGGUGCGCCCGCACAAGAGUUGCUGCUGCACUCUGCCAACCACCGGACGAUGGACUACACAGCUCGCGAAGACAGGACAGGAGACUCGUCCGACCCAUACCUGAAGCACUACAUUGGCAUCUUCAACCCCAAAACUGCCGAGGUCGAGAUUGUGGAGGCGCGCAAGACGGUGCUCCGUGGCACAGUCAGGUCGCAGAAGGCUGUUGACGAGGCAAUGGAAGAGAAGACUCAGAAACAGCAAAUGAUGGCCAUGAGGAACGAGCUCGGCGAGGCAUUCGGUACCAAGAAGGCGAAGAAGGCGAUCCGCGACGUGACGGAGAAUGCCAUUACAUCUCAAAAGGUUGGCCAGAGCGAGCUGGUGAUGAUGGACGCCAUCAAGACCGCCACCAAGGACAUGUCGACCAAGGAAGACCUUCAAGCCGCUGUCGACAACGCCCGACCGGUACCGCGCGGCAACUUCGCUGCCACAGAAAUCGCAGACGUCUACGUACCAUCCCAAAUCAUCGGAUCCGAGGUCCUGAACGCGAUACCAGUGAUGGAUUGGCAGGAGAGCGUCAAGAAUCUAGAGGACAUCCAGGUACCUUCGCGCUUCGUCGCCAAGCGCGUUUCCAACGUAGCAAGCAGCGACGACGCGGUGCACAGAUUGAGGGUACUGCGGUACCUCUUGUUCGUCAUCAUUUUCUGGAACGCUACCUCGCAAGGAAGGGAGCGUGGCACAAGAAGCAUUGGUAAGAGGGAUAAGCUGCGCGAGGUUAUGGCACCAGCGCCCGAGAUCGUGAUUGAAAACAUCCGCCGCAAGUUCUCGGACGGCGGAGUCAUGCGCAAGACACACGUUGACCUUCUGAUGACGCACUGCUGCGCAUUUGCCGCCAUCAUCGACGGCUUCAAGGUCAACACGAUUGACUUGAGAGAAGAUCUGAAGCUGGAGCAGAAGCAGCUCAACCAAUACUUUAUCGAGAUUGGAGCUCGCGUCAAGCAACAGAAGGUCGCUGACAGGAUGGAGAACUUUGCCGUUCUGCAGCUGCCUCUUCAGUUUCCCAAGAUCAGACUGCCGGCACGGAAGAGGUAA